CAGAGAAGAAGAAGCCGCAUGGACCGAGGCGCUUACCGUACAAAAUUGACGCCAUUGCUAGUUGGUAUAUUGAAUCGUUUUGGCGGGUUUCGAAUUAAGUUGGAUGAACGGUUUGUUUCGUACCCAGCUGGUUAUACAUUUUUAAGGAUAUGGAUCGUGGAAGAAAGAGUCGAGCUGGCAGAGGACAAGAGAUGCCGUUGAGAGUACAAGACACAAACAGGACGAGCACGGUCUAUACAACGCCUAUGAGCAAACAGCCUUCCUUUGGAAAGCUCAGCAUGACGAGACCUUCAUCUGUGACUUCUGAAAAGAGGACCAGCUUCUUUGGUCCCCGGACUAGUGGAGCCAGCAUGCCUCGCAGUUCAGUGUCGGGGUUUGGAGGAGCUGAGAAGAUCAAAGAUUCCAGACCACUCCAUGAUAAAGCUUUUGUUCAGCAAUGCAUCAGGCAGCUGCAUGAGUUCCUGACAGAACAGGGCUACCCAGUGGCAGCCAAAACCCUUCAGUCUCCCUCCACCAAGGAGUUUGUAAAGAUGUUUGAGUUCAUUUACCGCUUGCUUGAUCCAACAUUCGAAAUGCCAUCAGUCAAAGUGGAAGAGGUGGUUCCAGCUAUGUUCAAAUUCUUGAGGUAUCCCUUUGUUCUCUCCAAGUGCUCGAUGUAUUCAGUUGGAGCUCCACACACCUGGCCUCAGGCCCUGGGUGCGCUCAUGUGGCUCGUAGAUACCGUCAAGAUCAACCAAAGUUUGGCUAAGCAGGAGAUCUAUGAUGACUCUGAGGAUAUUGAGGAUGGAGCUGAAUACAAUAAGUCUUUCUUUGACCAUGUGACGGAAACCUAUUACAAGUUCAUCCAUGGCAAGGAUGAGUUUAAGGAAGAGGACGAGGCCUUCUCUACCAAACUGAAGCAGGUUUACAACGUUGAUGAGGCCCUGCAGGAAUCACUAGAGGAGAGACACGAAUUCCUCAGUAAGAAGGUGGAAACUCUGGAAAAGGAGGCUCAAAAAGACCGUCUGAUGACGAUGAGGAUGGACAAAGCAAAAGGGGAGGAGGACCUCCAGAAGCUGCAGAGUUAUCGGAACAAUCUGGUGUCUUUUAAAGCUAACCUGGAGAAUAAAUAUUCAGAGCUAAAUGAAGAGGUCGAGACUGCUGUCAGUCACCUUGAGACUUUGAAACAUGAGAAGAACGAGCUUCAGCAACUCCUGCAGAACCAAAAGUAUACUCCAGCUGAUGUGGAGAGAAUCAACAGAGAGAAGAGGGAGCUGCAGCAGACAAUCACCAGUCUGAGCAAAGCUCUUGAGGACGCUGAAAUAAAUAGAUGGAACGAAGAAAUCAAUGUGGCGAAAGUGAAGGAGACGAUGGAUCUGAAGGUGGCAGAGUACAACAAGCUGGCACGGAAACUGAAGCUGAUUCCUCUGUCCGCAGAAAACGCCUGUGGACACGAUUUUGAAAUUAGGUCAUUUGGAUGUGGAUCCGACAACGAAGUUCAGCAUAAACUACAGAUCCAGAUACUUUUGAAAAAGAUGAUCAGUGAUGUCGAAGAAGCCCACAGCAGAUUAGUAAACCUCAAAUUCCGCCUGGUGCAGUCUGGUGAACAAAUCGGUUCCAACAUUGUGGAUAAGUCCAACGAUCUAAAGCAGAUCAGAGAGCAGAUCCGCAAGUUUGAUGAACAGCUGGAUGCUAACAUGCAGGAGCUGGCCCGGGAGGAGCAGGAGUGGGAAGCCGAGAUUGAGUCCAUGGAAAACCACUACAAGUUACUGGAGAAGAAGAUAAAUUAUGGUUACGACGAUGCUGUACAACAACUAAAGGCAACGCAGCAGCAGUACCACCUGGUCCUGCAGGAGACAAGUGAAGAGAGGAGAAUAGUAGCCAAUAACCUGGCUUCAGUGUUCACAACAUUUGCAGACCACCUGUCCCUUACUGAGAAGUGUCUGGAGGAUAUGCACAGCAGAGUGCACCGCCUCUGUUCCAAGACCAUCGAAGAGGGUGAGGCAGAUGUUCAGAAGCUGAUGGAGAUUUUCAAGAAAUUCCAGUCCAAGGCCAACUCAAUAUAAACAACAUGCAACAUUGGGG